UUUUUCUCUCCACGACAUGGGUCUUAUGCCGUUGUCGUCUUCACUGAUUUCAAAAGUAAAAAGUUUUAGCAGGCUGAACGCCUAUCGCAACAGAAAUUAUCAAAGGGAUGUACCGAAAGGCCAUCUAGCCGUAUACGUUGGUGAAAACCAGAAGAGGCGGUUUGUGGUACCAGUAUCAUAUUUGGAACAACCGCUAUUCCAAAACUUGCUGCGUCAAUCGGAAGAAGAAUUUGGUUUCGAUCAUCCAAUGGGCGGCUUAACCAUUUCAUGCCAAGAAGAUGAAUUUUUCAAGCUUGCAGCUCUGUUGCAUGCUUUAUGAAAUAUUCAGACCAACAAUGAGCCUUCCAUUUCUUCACCAUUUUUCUAAGAUGUAUGCAGGCCACAGCCAAAAUGUGUAAUUUAGGUUAUAGAAAUCUUUCAAAUUAAUAGAUACAUAGAAAAG